AUGGAGGACCAGAAUGCCUCAGACUUAAUCAACUUUUUGUAUGAAGAUAAAAAGUUGUUGGAAUCAAUAGACGAUCAAAUAAAAUCCAACAAUCAUCCUAGUAAUAAGGAGGAAUACACAAAGAUACAGAAAAUUCAGACUAUCAUGUUGAAUAGGACAGAUGAAGAUUUUAAACAGAAUUUCAUACCAAGAUUCAUGGCAAUUGGUCCAGUUCAUUAUGGCAACACACAUCUUGUGAAUAAGAGAUUGAAAAUUAGUUUGGCUGCAAAAUUUAUUGGAAAAAGUAAAGGAAUGUCUGAACAGUUGCUUGGAAAAAUUAAAGCUAACAUCAAGGAGCUCGAAGAUCAUUUUCAUGCUAAUGUGAACAAGUAUCGUAAGGAAGACGCACUAGCAAGAAUUUUGUUCAGGGAUGGUUUGUCAGUAUUGCAGUUCAUACAUUGUGUUGUUCGUAAAGAUUUUUCGGGCAUUGAGAUUAAUAAUGGCCAAGUUGUUCUCUUUCAAAAUGACCUAUUCCUCUUAGAGAAUCAAAUUCCUUUCAAAGUCUUUAAAUUGUUGAUGGAACCACCAAUGAAUGAAGAAAUGUGCAAACCGUACAAGGAAUCUCUUAGGUUGUUUAUUAUCAAUCAUCUUAUGGAACCAAACAGUUCUUCACCAAAGGUUUUGCUCGAAGAUGAAUGGUAUGAUAAAAUUAAACCGGCUCAUCUCCUUGAUCUUCUCCGAAUAGCUUUUUUAGAUGAUAUGUCCACAACCAAGUCAUCAUCAGAGCCUAGCCAUGAAACUAGUCCUCAUAAUCAAAGGUCAGCUUAUUGCAAUAUUGUCCGAGACAAGCUUACAUUACUCAUGACAAGAUUGAAUGAGCGCAUUACUGUCUUGAAAGGCAGUACAUGUACCAAAACUAGUCCAGGGAAUAAUCAAAGGACAUUUCGCAAUGUUCAGGACCUUAAGGCAGCAGGGAUUAGAAUGAAGCCUAGUAAUACUCUCAGGUUGAAAGACCUAUCUUUCCAACCAGGUUGUUGGAGGGGUACACUCAAACUUCGCAGCCUAACAGUUAACGAAUCGACAGAACUUAAGUUGUUUAAUUUGGUUGCUUACGAAAUGUGUGGUGAUCAUAAUAAUAAGAACGAAUGUGGAGUAACCUCUUACGUUAGUUUUCUAGAUUUGCUAAUUGAGAAUGAGCAAGAUGUUAAGGAUCUAAGGUCAGCGAACAUACUUCAUAAUUGUCUCAGUAGCGACGUACAAGUAGUUGAUCUAUUCGAUAAGAUAGGCAAUAUAUAUAAUUUAGUGCCACAUGAUGAUUACUACAAAGAGGUAAAAAAUCAAAUACAAGAGCAUUGCAAGAAAAAUAUUAAUGUGUGGUUUACUCAAAUUUGUGAGAACUACUUUAGUAGCCCCUUGAAAGUGAUGGCUUGGGUUGGUGCUAUAGUUGCACUUUUGUUGACUGCAUUUGGGACAUGGUUCACAAUUUAUCCUACAGAUUGA